UGUUUCAAACUCAAAUACCUAUACAAUGACUAAAUAUGUCAAGAAUUGUAAAAAUGUAGACCAAAUAAUAAAUACAUUACUACUAAAAGAAUAACUAACAAUACACUUGCAACUUGUUGCAAUCGUAAUUGCAGAUACAGAUUAUUCCAUAAUACGUUGAUAAUUUGAAAACAAUUUUAUGACAUAACAAAUAGUUUACGAGACAACUAUUCCUAAACUGGGAAAACUAUCGCAAUCGAUGGUCGCUAUCACUAAAUCAAUGAUAACGGAUUUCAGAUAACACUUAUUGAUAUCUGAUAUUUUAGUGUUACAUCCCAACCUGUAGCGUGUGAAGACGUUAAAAAUGAUGCCGCCACCGCCGCCGCCACCUCCUCCAGGAACAGUGAUGAUGGAAAGCCCUCAUCAUAUUCCACCAGAUUCACCAACUUUAACAGUUAUUAUGAACGUGGUUAUGACAGGAACACACAUAGUAAUUGGUGCCGUGUCGUUGAGUGCAUUUCUUUUCAGCAACAUAUUUGUGGGAACAAGUUCUAUGACACAACACAUUCAGCUGUGUGUUUUUGGUUAUGUGAUUUUGAUGAGUCAAGCUAUCCUAACAUUUAGUCCACAUAGUUGGGCAAACUCGCUGAUGUAUCCAAAAAAGAAGAUAAUCCACCUGGUAAUGCAAGUAGUUGGUUCACUUAUGGCGAUCGUCGGCAGUAUUAUCAGAUUUGCAAGUUUAACUGAUCAUUUACAGUCUGCACAUGGCAUACUUGGUUUCAUCGCAUUCAUACUGACAGUUGUGAGUCUCGUUGGAGGAGUUAUGAACUUGAUAUUCCCGAAGCAUCUCUCUACUCUGCUAUUCCGACUAGUACACAUUUGCGUAGGAAUUUUAACGAUAUCUGUCGCAUUUCUCUCAUUAUGCUUUGGCUUCAAUGAUUUGUACAGAACCCUUCUAGGUGAUAUAAACGCUAAUCUAUCUAUAUCAUUAACUAUUAUGGCUCUGUGUGGAGUUUUAUCGUUUACUAUGCUUAAUUUGGUGAAAAAAUUUAAUAGGCGUUAAAUUGCUAAAAGCAUAUUUAAGGCCCUCGGCCGAGCAAACGGUCUUGGGCACUCGUUCUGUACAUUUACACCAAAUGAGUUACUGGCGGAAAUAUGCACAUAAAUAAAAAUUGGUAAUUUUGAAAUUGUUAAACUACCAAAUGCUAUUUAUUCAAUGGUUCAUCUUAUAGUAUUGGUUGCAAAUUAAAAUGAUGUGUAUUUAUUUUAGGAGGUAAUGCAUGGUAACAACAAUUUUAGGCAUAUUUUCACUAUGAAAUGAAUGAUAUGAUAUUCACAUUACAAUGGAUUCGAAGUAAACUUUUGUAUCUGGAGAAAUAGCAAUAUUCACUUUUUAGCGUUUCUUCUGUUUAUCAAACCCUUUUAAUUCAAAAGUUAAUAAAUGAAAAAAAAAAAUACAAACUUAAAUUAAAAAUCAUUUAUUAACAUCUUUUUUAUGGUUUUGGUAGUAAACAGUGCCUUAAUAACGAAACGUUAAAAAAGUGGAUAUCACUAUUUUUUCAAAUACGAUAGUUUACUUAGGAGCCAUCGAUUAGAAAAAAAUUUAAUCCACUAAAGUAAAAUAACACUGUAGAUAUAUCUUUUUUCCUUUAUACAUAAAUUUCGAACAAAUCAGCUUCUACUAAUAUGGUUAGUGCGUCAAUUUGAUGGCCGCCUUAAUACAUACAAAUAGCAUCUAAAAAUUAAGCAUUAAACGUUUUAAUGUAAAUAAUAUACAUUAUUUAGUAGUUGUGCCUAAAUGUAAUAAAAAGUAUGUAACUGUAUUUAAACAAACAAAUCUGUAUAUUUUAAUCAAUAUACAGAUAUUGUUUUAAUUGUAUAUCAUGAAAUAUUGUAUGUCAACAUGCUACUUUUAGCAUAUUGUUCAUAAAUGUUGAAAUUUGAACACUACGGGUUUAAAAAUAAGGUUAAUAAAUGAAAAUAAAAACUU